AUGGGUAAUAAAGGAGCUAAAACACGUGGAUCAACAACAUUAACUUCAAGACAAAUUGCUAUGCUCAUGGCAAAUACAAAUUAUACAGAAAGAGAAAUUCGAGAAUGGCAUGAGGGCUUUCUUCGUGAUUGUCCUAAUGGUCGACUUGAUAAGAAAAAGUUUCGCGAAGUCCACAGACAAUUUUAUCCUCAAGGCAAAGUAGACAACUUCUGCAAACAUGCAUUUGCUACAUUCGAUCAAAAUAAUGAUGGAACAAUUGACUUUGAUGAAUUUCUUUUAGCCAUUUCGGCUACAAAUCAGUGUAAUCUCGAUGAUCGACUUUCAGUUGCAUUUGAUAUGUAUGAUAUAUCAGGUGACGGAUUUAUAAAUCGAAAGGAAUUGAUUAAGUUGAUUACAGCCAUGUAUGAUCUUGCUGGCGAAACUAAUCGUAAAGGUGAGAAUAAACCAAAGAAACGUGCUACUGACAUUAUUGCAAGAAUUGAUGUUAAUGGUGAUAGAAAAUUAAGUAAAUAUGAAUUUAUUGCGGCAUGUAAAAAUGAUCCAGUUAUUCGUCGAUUACUUGCUCCUAAUACAUAA